GCUCCUGCAUCCCAGAGAGAUGUAAUACUGAAGGAAUCAUCAAUCUCAUUUUAAGCUCUUCACUUGGAAAAAAAAUUUGGAUGCAUUAAUGAAGUGAUUUCACAUAGUUAAAACACACAUUAAAAGAGUUAGACAGAGGGUAAGUGAGUGCCCAGAGGUGUAAGGUCCCAUGCUGGUGGGAAUAGGUGAGGUCUCAUUGAAGUGUGCUGGGUGACUCUUGCAAAGAUGUACAUUGGUGAUAUUAAAUACUUGCACUAAAACUAUCAGCUUGUGCAGCUUGUAAUAAAAAAUAUCAGCUUGUGCAGUUCUGCCUAUGGAUUUGAUCCUGUCCUUGUUCUAGCCUGAAUCUGAGCUGAGCUCAAAGUGUGCUCUGCCACUGCAUGGGCAAGGAAGGAAAAUCCUGAAUUCACGUUGGCACACCAUCAUGGGGAAGGGGAGAGGUUAGAAUAGAGGAGGCAAAUCACAUAUCCUGCAGCUUUUGCUAUUUCUUUUAUUUCUAAUAUUUCAGUGUUUUGUCCAGAGAUACUACUUGCAGUUUUUUGUGUCAGCUACCACUGGAGCAUGUUGAGGAGCUGACACUGUUUUGGAGAUAUCAGCCACUCCCCUCAGCAUCCAAACAAAUCAUCACUGGGAGCUUCCAGUGACUCCAGGGAUGGUGAUGGGGAGGUUUCACCAUCAAUUUAGGACCAAUCCCUGAAGAACAAGGUCCAGCCUUGCUGUUUUAUACAGAACCUUCUGAAAAGACGUGGAUCCACAUUUGGAAUGGGGACAGAUCUCCAUUACAGGGUGAGCACCCCACUGCAUGCCAGUGUGACAAGAGGACGUGGUGACUACAGGUACAGGGAGGACUGUGGGGCCACAGCAGGUUUGGGUGGCUCAGGCUUCAUCUUUGCAAUGUCAUGAGGAAUACUGAGCACAGAGAUGGUGGGGAGAUGCAGGCUGGUUGGUGAUAUAAUUUAUAUAAUUAUAGAUAAGUAGCUCCCUUCCUAGCUGAUUUCCUAGAGGUGUGCUCUGCUCUGGCCCACUGUUUGAGCUCAGAUGUGUUAUUAAAACACUUCUGUUUGCUUCCUGCUCUGCUACAGCUGCCCUGUUCAACCUUGAGCAAUACCAUCAAAAGCAGCUCUGUCCAGAGCCUGCAAUUUACCUACUGCCUUUACCUAAAGAGCCUGCAGAAAGAGUCUUUUGGGAUGUUGGGUGCAGAAAAGUCUUUUUCCACACCACUGCCCAGGGCAGUGACUGGACCACUGUCUAUCAGAAAUUUGUCUCAUUGCUCCAGUUAGAACCAUAAGAAUAGAGAGAGGCAAUGUAUUUAGUGUCAGACUCCAGUGCUUUGGCAAGUGGUAUGUUCCUUGCUGCAGAUGUGGGCUCCAUGGCUCAUAGCAGGCUGUUAUCAGCCAUCCUUUGUACCUCUGCUCCUGCCUGCCUGGCCUGAAGUCCUUUUGCUUUCUCCAGCACUGAGCUGUGUCCUGGGUUUGUGCAGCCACCGGUCCUGUGCUGACCUUGCCCUUCAAAAAAUGCUAAUUAUAUUAAAAUAAAUAGCAGCAAAGGGAUGCACAGCCCUUCCCUUUGAAGAUGUGGAUUUUUUUUGCACAACCUCUCCCAUGUCUCCUCUCUCCCCUGUGCCUCAGUUUCCCCGUUGAUGUUACAGGGCUGUUGGGAGGCUGAGCAGAGCUGAAUUCCAGACUGAUUGUGCUUGCAAGGGACUUCUGGGGUUUCCUGACCCAAAUCCUCCUUUAAGCAGCUUCAAUCUCAAAUUUAAGUCCAAACUCACGCUUUAAUCAGGUCUCUCCGUGUUUCCCCACUUGAAGUCGGAAUGUCUCCAGGGUUAUACAAGAGACCACAAGGUCUCCGUGCCCUGUGCCCGAUCACUCUCAGGUUAAAAGCUGUCUCCUAAUAUUUAACCAGAUUUCCCCCUAGCUGCAGCCCGCACCUGCUGCCCCUUGUCCGGACUCCUGGCACCGGCAGAACCAGCUGAGCUCCCUCUCUCCCGCAUAUUCCCAUUCCAAGGCUUGCCGCGGGCCGUCUCUGCCGGCAGCGGGAACACCGGCGGGCGGCACUGGGGACAAGCAGCCAUGGAGUACGUCAGCACACGGGGAGGCACGAGGGCCGUGGACUUCGAGGGAGCCCUUUUUUCUGGCUAUGCACCCGAUGGGGGCCUCUUCAUGCCCCAGCACAUCCCCUCGCUGGACAGGGACACCCUGCAGAGGUGGAGCAGCCUGUCCUACCCUGAGCUGGUGAAGGAGCUGUGCUCCCUCUUCGUCCCGGCCAGGCUGGUCCCGCGGAACGUGCUCAAUGAGCUGAUCGACAGGGCCUUCAGCAGAUUCAGACACAAGAAUGUCGUGCAUCUGUCCAGGCUGAAAGAUGGGCUGAACGUUUUGGAGCUCUGGCACGGUGUUACGUAUGCAUUUAAGGACCUGUCCUUGUCCUGCACAGGACAGUUUUUACAGUAUUUCUUGGAGAAAAAGAAGAAGCAUGUCAAUAUUCUGGUGGGGACUUCAGGGGACACGGGGAGCUCGGCCAUCGAGAGUGUGAGAGGGCAGAAGAAUGUGGACAUCUUUGUUCUGCUGCCCAAGGGGUUCUGCACCCAGAUACAGGAACUACAGAUGACUACUGUCAUUGAAGACAACGUCCAUGUCUUUGCUGCUCAUGGGAACAGCGAUGAAAUCGAUGAGCCGAUCAAGGAACUGUUUGCUGAUGUCGAUUUUGCUGGAAAAUACAACCUGAUGAGUUUGAAUUCUGUCAAUUGGUCCAGGAUUAUGGUGCAGAUUGCCCACUUCUUCUAUGCUUACUUUCAGUGCACCCCAUCCCUGGAUACCACCCAGCUGCCAAUGGUGGAAAUUGUUGUGCCAACGGGAGGAGGAGGAAAUAUCACGGCUGGCUGUAUUGCCCAGAAAAUGGGUCUCCCAAUUCGACUUAUUACUGUGGUGAACAGCAAUGACAUCGUUCAUAGGACUGUUCAACAUGGAGAUUUCUCACUGGCAGAGAGCGUGAAGGCUACGUUAGCAUCAGCCAUGGAUAUCCAGGAGCCUUACAACAUGGAGAGAAUCCUCUGGCUGCUCUCGGGCUCUGACAGCUGCCUCAUAAAAACUCUGAUGGAGCAAUUCAACAUCUCAAAAAGGCUGAAGCUGCCAGAGGAUUUGCACAGAAAGCUCUCAGAGACCCUGGGAUCGUGCUCAGCCUCUGACCAGGACAUUGUGGGAGCCAUGCGGCGCUGCUGGGAGGAGAACCAGUACCUGCUGUGCCCCCACUCUGCCGUGGCUGCUUACUACCACUACUCACGGCCACGCAGCAUCCCCCGGUGUUGCUUGGCUCCAGCCUCUGCAGCCAAAUUUCAGGAUGCCCUUCUCCGAGCUGGCCUGGUUCCCCAGAUCCCCCCUGAAAUCACUGCUCUGACAGCAAUGGAGACCAGGUCCACUCCCCUGGAGCGGGGACAGCACUGGGCACAGGUGCUCCGGGGCCGGAUUGAAGCUGUGGCGCAGCAGUGGGAGGCACAGACGGGGAAGGCAACCAGCUCAAGGAAAUUAAAGGAAUGUGACUUCCAAGAUCUCAGCCCUGCAAUCAAACAAACACGAGCUUCUUUUGAGCACAAACUGAAAAAAAAAAGAGCCUUAAAAAAAGAUAAUUACAGGCUGGAGAGCGCGGACAGGAAGAGCCCUGUGGAUUUGCACCGGGGCCCGGGAGCACCGUUGUGUACGGAAUGGGAUAUCUGCCACUUGGAAAUGUUUUUCCUGCUUGGGAGAGUGGUUUGCAUGCCAGAAACAGGGAAUGCCACAGAUCCCCACUUCCCAUGGCUGGAACAACUGGAACAAGGUGUCUCCCUGCCCCCCACUCCACCUGCCCUGGGGAAAGAAUCCUCCAGCACCUGGCUCAGCAGUUACUGACCCUUGCUCAUUUAAGCUGCAGCUUUUUCCUCUUUCCCACAUCUGUUCAGAAGGGAAUGAGGACCUGAAGUGAGCAGGAUGCUGAAAAUCAGGCUCAGAGUGGGGUAAGGAGCAUCCAGAGCCCACCUUGCUUAGAGAUGAGGAGCAGCAGCCAGCCCCAGCACUCUCCUUGGCUCUUAGUGGGGUGGACCAUACUUGGGUUUUUAGUAUAUUAUGGUUUGUCCUGGUCCCUUGCUGGCUAUCCAGCAUUCAUCACUGGAGAAAACACUUUCCUGAUUUUAAAGGGAGAUAUCUCUGUGCCUCCCGUAGCCUGGAGUAAUUCAAUAUUGAGUGAUAGGAUUGCAGUCACUGCUUUUCCUCUGUUUGCACCUUUCUUGCAAUUAUUUUGUAAGAGCUCCCUGCUGGAGGGCAGGGCAGGCAGCUCUCAGGAAUAACACAACUUCCUGGAUGCUGCCUCACCACAGAAGAGCUGGAGCAGCACUGAGGACCCCUCUUGGGGCACAGACCUUCCCCAGGGUUCACCACACAACACAGGAUUUCUCCUGAGAUCUUCUCCAGCCCGUUGUGUCACCAAAACAGGAGGUUCUUGGUUCUUGCCUUUGCACUUGCAGUAACCUUUUUAUGACUGACGCUUUUUAAAAUGAAAACAAGAUUUCAUUUACAUCCAAGAGUUUGCUCCAGUGCAGCCUCCUGGUUGCAGGAUGUCUCAUGGCUGGUGUGGGUCCGGAGGAUCUCGCUGGUUGCUCCCAGACACUGACACCUGCAGUAACUGGAGGGGUGAUGUGGGGCCUGGCACACCGAGGGUGGGACUUGUUUUAGCAUUCAAUCCAUAGAAACCCAUUUAACAGCACUUCCCCUAAAGUGCUGCCUUUCUUCCACCUGAACUCCUAAAAUGGAAAUGAUCAUGGCAGGGAAAAAAUUUGGAACUACUCAAAUAUUAAAAUGCAGUGAAGGUGAACUGGCUCCUGGGUGGAGGGGAGGGGAUGGGCCCCGUUGCUGCUGCCAAGGUGAGUUUUGGGGAUCUAUUCAGACCUACAUCUGCUGGCAGUGGAUUAGAAGUCAAACCCACCUGAAAUCCAGAACUGAGCAUCCUGAGGGGCUCCUCGAGGAUGGGAUAUUCCCCUCCAUGAGCUGCCGACUUUGCCCCAAUAAUCCUUCACAUCCCAUCCCUCUUCUCCCUCUCCCCUUUUCCUUUCCCUUCCCCUGUGAUAUGACGCAUUGGCAAAGGAAUAAAAUAAUCAGCUAUUGCUUUAUUACUUUUUCCACCCCUGCUUCCCUCACGGGCAACUGUAUUUCGGCAAAUGUUUUUAAUAUUUGCUAAUCAAAGCAGCUCCAGUAAUGACAUGCUCCCUCCCAAAGACAAAAUUACCGGGACUGGCGUUAUCUAACAAACUCGUUUUGGCACAAGCGCGUCUGCGUUCGAGCCAUUUCUGCCCAUUCACAGGAUUAUCAGCCAUCUCUGCAGCCAGCCCCAGCCCUCCUCUCUCAUUCCUAGUUAAUUGGUGUGAAAUUGGAGCAAGUUCUCAGGUGAUAAUGUGUUUGCAUUUACUGCUUCACUGAACCACCCUAGCCACUCAAUCCCAGCUUCAUUAAAGCUUCAAUCUCAGCUUUUGCUCCUGGCUGUGAGCUUCAAACCCUAUUUCCUGCGUGGCAGACAUACAGCCUAACACAUGUCAGGAAGACAGCUUGAGCAGAGCUGCUGGGAACAAGCACAGCUACUGCCCGGGCGCCGCUCCGGGAAAAUCACGUUCGCGGUGGGAAAGAUGCUUGGAGUCCCCACGAUGGCUUCACGCUGCGUUGGUUGGCUCCCUGCUCUGGAAAAAGGCAUCUUUUAUACCCUUUAAUUAUACUUGAUUAAUGAAUUAAUUUUAAUUUUUUUUUUUUUUGCUGCAGCACUUUGAAGAUAAAAACCCCUUCGUCUGAAUUCUGAUUAGUAUUUAAAGACUCAAGUGAAAUAUUUGUAGGCAGAAAAACCUAACCGAGGAAUGCCUGUGUUCAAGCAUUCAAUAGGGCCUAUUCACA